AUGGAAAUGAAGAUCGAUAUCAUUGGAAAAGAAACCAUAAAACCAUCAUCUCCAACUCCUCAUCACCUUCAAAGCUUCAGUCUUUCUCUAUUAGAUCAGCUUGCUCCUUCUAUAUAUAACUCCCUCGUAUUUUUCUACCCAAACAACAACAUUAUCGAUAUCACAAGUACCUCUUAUAAACAUAAAUCCCAACACCUCAAGAAAUCUCUAUCCCAAACCUUGACUCGCUUCUACCCACUUGCGGGAAGAUUCAAGGAUAACAAGUCCAUUGCAUGUCAUGAUGAUGGAGUUCACUACAUCGAAGCUCGAUGCCAUGGCCUUCUCUCAAGCUUUCUACAACAACCUGAAGCCGAGGCACUGAAACGAUUUCUUCCGGUUGAGACUCAUCCAAUUCGUGCAGAAACAUUUACAGGUCCUCUACUUGUUGUUCAAGCCAGUUUCUUCGACUGCGGUGGAUUGGCAAUAGGCUUCUCUAUAACACACAAGUUGGCCGACGGAGGUACGCUGCGCAUGUUCAUCAAGGGUUGGGCUGCAACGGCUCUUGGACAUGGAGAAAAAGUUGUACCGGAAUUCAAAGCAGCCUCUUAUUUCCCACCAAGCGAUGAUCUCUCAAUCAACUUUCCUGCCGUGGAGUUUAAGAAAGUGAAUUGCGUUUCCAAGAGGUUUGUGUUCGAUGCAUCGAAUCUCGCAUCUCUUAAGGCCAAAGCUUCGAGUUUAAGCGUUGAAAACCCAAGCCGGGUUGAAGUAGUGACGGCAUUGAUCUGGCGAUGUGCAAUAUCUGCAAGAAGAUCGAACUCCGAAUUUCCAUUAUUGAACUGGGUUUUGACUCACUCCUUGAACUUGAGGAAGAAGGUUGAACCGCCAUUAAAAGGAGCUAGAGAACUAGGAGAAAUCCAAGCAAAAAGAUUUCAAGGGAAUGAUGGACGACAAGUCGUUUUGGAGUCUUACAAAGAGGGCGGACAGAUGAUUAGAAGAGAUGAUAUAAACCUGUUGAUCUGCACCAGUUUAUGCAACUUUCAAUUAUAUGAUGUUGAUUUUGGUUGGGGAAGGCCUAUCUGGGUGACUCUUCCCAGCGGGUCUAUAAAGAACGUAGUGUCGUUAAUGGAUACAAGAGAAGGUGAUGGAGUGGAAGCUUGGGUGAGUUUGAGCCAAAACGACAUGGGAUUAUUCGAACAUGAUCCUCAACUUCUUGCAUUUGGGUCGCCAAAUCCAAGUGUCUUUUAG